AAUAAAGAUGUACAAAAGGAUGAAGCAGAGAAGAUGGAAGCUGGUCAUCAAAGAACAUUUACUAAAACACACCUGAAAUCUAGAAACUCCAUGGAAAGCCUCUACAGCCUCAACAGUAGAAAAAGCUCCUCCAGUGGAGUUACCAGUGGGUCAGGUUGCUCCAGCAACAGAGAAAGUCUGAAGCUGGAGGAGGAUCUGUCUUCCACAAAACAGUUUUGUUGCAAAGCUACAGUCCACACAGAGUAUGUGCCAAGUCCAUAUGACACCGAAUCUCUUCGACUCAAGGUGGGAGAUGUGAUUGAUGUCAUGGCCAAACCACCUUUGGGAACAUGGACAGGCAUGCUUAAUGGCCAAAUAGGAACUUUCAAGUUCAUCUAUGUGGACGUGCUAAGUUCUGAGCCAAGCAUGCAUGAGUGAGUCACAGAUCAACAAUACAGGAAGUGUUGAAGCACCUCAGCUUAGAG